AUGCCUUUGUGUUCUCCAUGGCAGGCCAGCAAGGCCGAGGAGAAUGGCUCCGACAGCUUCAUGCACUCCAUGGACCCACAGCUGGUGCGGCAAAUGGAGACCACUCAGAGCCUGGUGGACUCCUAUGUGACCAUUGUCAACAAGACCGUGUGGGACCUCAUGGUUGGUCUCACGCCCAAGACCACCAUGCACCUCAUGAUCAACAACACCAAGGAGUUAAUCUUCUCGGAGCUGCUGGCCAAACUGUACUCAUGUGGAGACAAGAACAUGCUGAUGGAGGAGUCCAAGGAGCAGGCAAAAUGGUGCAACGAGAUGCUGUGCAUGCACCAUGUGCUGAGGGAGGCACCCAACAUCAUCAGCGACAUCAAAACAACCAUUGUCAGCAUGCCCACGGGGGCCCAUGGAUGA